CUCGCAGAACGCGUCGGCUGCAUAACUCUCCUUGUACAUUCCUAGUCUUGGUUCUGCCAAACCGGACACUUUUCUAGUAUCGGCUUCCCUAGCUCAUCAACACUGACCGCGCCGGCUGAUCUUUGCAGAUAGCCCAACAAAGGUCCGCGUUUGAUAGAAUCGAUUCUCGGUUUGUCUCGGUUGGUGUGCGCGAGUGAGACCAAGUGGCUCCUGAUUAGCUCUCCAUCUCUGCCCGUACAUACACUUUGUCGUCGACGAUGGUAACAACUCUCCUCGUUGAAUGAAGAAUAGAUGUUUCCUUGUUCCUGCUUGUCCAUAGAUAGAUCCAUAGAUCCAUCGAACCGCACUCUGCCUCAGCGCCUUCUACCACUCUCACAUUGACGAUAACGACCACGCUUGUAGAACCUGCCCACGAUCCUCAACGCUAAUACUUCAGACACGAAACUGCUCACGACUUUGUCACAAAUUGUCCCCAAAAUUGCUGCUGCCAGCUAGCUCCGCCUUGUUCACAAUCUUCUUUCUUCAUACAACACCCCGCCGCUCUUACCGGCUUUCUUCCUCAGAUUCUUCUUGGUCUUGCUCAGGUUGCUUCAACUGGGCAUCCAUCGACUCUUAUUACAUUAUCAACCACAACGCUCUCGUAUAAUAUCGCACCUGAACUGAAUCGUUUGGGAGUUUUUUCAUCCAGCUCCUCGAGGAUUAUCGAGUUUUGGUGGCCUAGAGUUUGUCAAGAUCUCCACUCGAGGAAAGCGGUCAACAGCAUAGCAAUCAAACUGGAUCGAGUGCCGUGCGCCGCAGAAUUCUGCUGAAAGCUUGCGACGCUCAGGGUAUUUUUCGGUCUGCCAUAAUCAAAGUCACUGGCCGGACUAGUUACAUAGGAUGGCCCAACCCUUACCGGAAUGGCUCAAACCUGUCACCCUCCGAUACCAAGACUCUGACAAGGUCACCACGGGAUUAGUAGAAUUACCCAUCACUUACAGUGGGCCGUCGAUCCCGCUGUCAUGGCCGUUUACUUCCAUCCAGGCCAAUCCUCUCACUGCCUCACCCGCGGCUCCCUCGGCGCUCCCGUCCCCCCAAGUCGUCAGAUUUAUUGAUGGUAGCGGGCCCUUCACCAUCCUCGGCGAUGUAAUUCUCACUGCCCCGAUUCCUGCACAAACUGCCUCUGUGCCAAUCACCGCGUCGCCGUCCCCGCCGGCCUCUGCUAUCCCUGCCGCCCCGAGCCCAUCGGUGGUCCUUGUGACCACGGUCAUUGUCGCUCAACCGAACCCUAAUACCACUCAGACCACUCCCGACAACUCAAACAGUCCAGCAUACAAUCCGCUUGCUCUGGGCUUUGUUCUACUACUCGCCAUCCUAAUUAUCCUCAUCCUAGCCGCUACUUUCAUCCUCAUCAAACGCCAAAGGAGACGUAGAAAGCAUGUGGGUAUGGUUGACAAGUACGACGACUCCGCUCCUCAAGAAAUCCACUAUGCAUUCAACUCCCGCCUGUAUCCCCAACACCAUCAUGGCAGUCAAACUCAGCCACAUUAUGUAAGGCAUUCUCAGGAGCACGAUAACCCUGCCAUGGUCCGUGAAGAAGAGCAUCUCUGUUUACAAGAUGCUGACACGAAGGAAAAGGAUAUACCAACCCUACAAACCGAGUUCCUCCUCACUCCUCAACGUCAACCUGUUAAAAGAUCACAAAACAAGUGGGCGCGGUUGAAGAAGUUCGUCCCAAAGCUGCCAAUGUUUGGCAAGACUCUUGAUCGACCCGAUUUUGCCUACAAUCAGCCCCUGCCAAAAACCACUCCGAUUUAUGUCAAUCCGUAUCACGACCCUUCAGUGAAUACGAAUACGGGGGAGCGCGUAUCUAGAUGGCGUAUGGCUUGCGGCUCGCUCUCUUCUUCCGCUCUCAAACUUCCUUCCACCAUCACGAGCUACAACAAUGAGCUACCGGUGCACAAGGAUUUUUUGGAGCAGGAGACGCCAGUGAAGGAUCCAGAAGGGCUUCCCAAUGAUCCUAAAUCGGCCGUCUCCGCAAUCCAGCGCGGCGAAGCCAAGCUCGUAUUCAGUUACAACCAAUCAUCCACCGUUUCCGGGCCGACUGGGAAACCACAAACUCGAGCUUACCAGGCCUUGAAGGAGUCGCCCCCAACGAGUCCCUUAAAAGCCAAGUCGAUGGAAGCCGUCUACUCGUUGCUUGAGCUCACUAGUCCCCGCCACGUCAAGCCGCCAACACUUAAGCCUAAGAAAUCGAUCAUCCCUACCGGGUUGUUCAAAUCGCAGGGCAACCCGUCUCGUUCUUUCGGGACUCGGACGAAAUCUAGUCGGACGACUGGCAAAGGGAGCGCCUCCAAAAGAUAUUCAGAUGCUUCUCCACCCCUGUUGGUUGCUGAAUGUGAGGAUGAAGGUUCGGGUAGUGAUGGGACAGACCCAGGUGACUCCCCCUUAGAUUUCAUCACCAUCCCCUUACGCAGUCCACCCAGAUGUCGGAGAGGAACACCUUCAUCCUCCGUCGCCAUCACCGGCUUGGAUAAUUCGUUCGACUCCAUCAGCUGUCCUCGUUCCUUACCUCCCUCUAGUCCAAGUAUCCCACUGCCAUCCUCGGCUAAGAGGGUCAGACCCAAGAAAAAUAGUCUCCCCGCCUUCCCUCAGCCUCCCAUCACCAGCCAACUCAGCACUAGCAAUUCCGGUGACGACCAAUCUCAUAUUGUACCCCUCAGACGCGCCCCUUGCUCGAGUAGCCCUGUCUUAUUACCCUCACUCCCAAUCACUCGAGCACUCGUCCCAAAAACACGAGAUGAAUCUUCACCCACAAAACUCCUCAGCCAUGCUCGAUCCCACUAUCGUAAUUAUAGUCCUGCAGUCAAGAAUGAAAUGAGUGCGAACGAUUCUAGCUUGGAUACCAAUCUGGGCCACGAAGCUCACAGGUAUGACAGAACCAGAACAGAACACUCGAAAGAUAGUAGCCGUCUUAUGAACUCUUCAUCAUCGAAUGAGAUUACCGGGUACCCUAAGGAUCCUUCGUUUGGGACCUCUGACGGCAUCUCGCUCGCCCAUCCUGAGCCUCAUCCGACCAAGACGGGCAGUCGGGAAACGCGGAAUUCAUCUGCAUCAGAUGAAGACAUCGUCUUCAAUGGUUACUUCGGCUCUGGCUCGAUCGGCAACACGGGUGGAGUGAGCGAACUGGGGAUUCUAGAUAGUAGCAUGCGUGGUACCGACCAUUCGCUGAGCCGAGAAAUCGAAAUGGACGCAGGUUUUCCUGUAUCAAUCCAAGAAUGCCCCGCUGGGAAAACGCGAGAGGGCUCAGUGCAACUGGUUGAUGGAGACGAGUACUCAUACAACUCCGGCGAUCUUUUCUAUGUCAAGCCUCAACUUGGACGUCCUUCGGGAAGUCGAUGGGUCCACACCACUACCCAAGCUACUAGCCCCCCCAAGUAUCAAGCUCUGUCGAAGGUUCUACCAUCCUCUAAAUCCAAAACUAAUCUGAAAGAUAUCACUGAAGAAUCGACCAGUCGAAUCUCGUAUCAGAGUGAGGCGGGCCAAGCACAAGAGCCCCAGAACUUGACAGAGAGUGAUCGACGAAACGAACGAGUAACCGAGCUCCGGAGGAGCCAUAAGUCGCAUCUAUCGACUCGAGUCCCAUCGAGUUGUUAUUCGACUGAUCCAGAAGAGGUGGCCCGUCGGGCGAGUCGUAGAAGCGUAUCCAGCUCCGUCCUCGGCAGUAUCUUCUCCCUCGCGAAAGGUCGCAGAUGCGUCUCGUAUCCUACCGGACUCUCCAACGAGAGUGAAUCGAGUGGGAUGAACCACGCAGCCCUAGACAUCGAGCCGAUGCUGAAUGACGCCCGGUCGCCCCUGCAACGGAUAGCGGAGAAAUGUCGGCAUCCGAGUGGAUCGAGCGAAGAAGAACAACAAGAGGGCGAAGGCGACGCUGAUGAUGAUGGCGAGCCUUAUGGAAAUAGGCGGAGGUCUUCCGGCGAAGAAGAAGAAGAAGAAGAGCAUUCGGAAGGCGAUGAAGAGGAAGAGGCCGAUGAGGGAUGUAGGUUGUUGUUUGCCCGGCCGGCUUUGAGCUCGACAUGUUCGAGAGCUACGCUUGGACAACGGAUGGUCACCAUGAGAACCACUGAACAACACGCACCCAAUACCCACAGCUAUCAUGCCCCGGUCCACACUUCACCCACUGCUAUCUCUCCGCCGCCCACUGCCAGCGGCCAACCGUUGCUCAUCCAAACUCUCGAAACCCCUCCUCGUUCACACUCGAGUCAUCCUUCUUCCAGGUGAUCUGUUUGGUUUUGUUUUGUACACGCAUACUUACAUAGUUAAAAUUUCUACAAUUUUCUUUCUUUCUUUUUUUUAAAUCUUUUGGUUGAAUGAUUUGAUGAGAAGACGAAAAAAAUAAACUCUUUGUUUCUUCAUUUCCUUGACUAAUUCUUUUAUCGAUAUUGUGUCAUAUCCACCCUUGCCUUUUUUUUUUUUUUUCAUUACCUUAUUGUUGUUCCCCGCAUCCCACCCUUGUGCAUUGAAAUUAAUAUACAUCCCGA